AUGUCAUCCGUCGUAACCACCAAAGACGCAUCUCUGUCCUCCUUUUCCUCCACUUCAAAUCGAAAAAAGAAGCAAAAUUCAUUCAUUUCCCGCUUACUCUCUCGAAUCGUCUCACCGCUCAUUCUCGUUCUGUUCGUCUCGGACGUUUUGUUUUACGAGACCGAGGAGACGAAAUUACGAAGCGUGGCGAAAAGAGAAGAGACCAGAGUCGGGAGUCAUAAAAUCGAUAAUCAUCGUCGGCAUUCGUAUCGUCAUCAAAACGAGUAUAAUGACGAAGUGCUAGUGAGAGAUGGGAAACCGGAGGAGAUUGCGGAGAUUCACGACGCGACAAAAACGAGUGAUGAUGAUGCUGGUGAUGAAGGCGGAGGAGGAGCGGAGAAGAGGAGUAGCGGGAGUAGGAGUAGCAGCAGCAGCAGCGGUACGAGGACGAGUGUUGGUGGUUCCUCGUUUGACGGUGUAAAUAACAACAACGAGGACAAUAGCAUGGGAGGAAGCAUAAGUGGUAAGCCGAUGAUGGAUGGCGAGCGGUGCGUGGCGUCCAUCCGGGACGGGUACAGUUGCGAGAAGUUUAGUUUGACGAGCGCGGAAAUAGUAGACGUGUUUCACCACGCGACGAGAGCGAGUAGGCGAGGCGGGAUAAACAAAUGCACCAAGGCGCAAUCGGAGGAGGAUGGGUAUUUAGACGACGGAGGGAAUGGGCAGAAGAUGGUUACGGAUGGGAUGAAGAUUGAGACUGUUGCUGGCGAGAAAAAUUCACCCUCCUCCUCGGAUGCUCUGCGCGAGGCUUUAAAGAAGAUGUUUGAUGAGCGAGAUACGAGUCAUCACGGAGAAAGUAUCAAGUAUCAAAAAGCCGUUGUCGUCAUUGACGGGACACACAUGAGCGCAGAUGAAGCGUCGAGGUUAGCUGACGCCACGCAAACGAGCGUGGUUUUCGUCGCCUACGGGAAUCGCGAAAAGUUUAAAGAACAACAACACGUUUCCGCGGUAUUAGUCAAAGGUGAGAGUGAGACUGGAUCUCCGGCUCUCCGUUUGGCGAGUGUUUUACUUACAAGAGGCUACGCGGUGCUAGUUCUCUCGGAUAAAAGCGCAGAGUUUACGGCGAAUCCACUCGAAUCCGAAGCGUUUUCGUUUACGACUAUCGGCGCCGACGUGAAUGCCCUCGACGAUAUGAUGCCCGCGCACGUCGGAUUCGAUAUCGAACUCGCCACCGAUAUCACGUGCAGAUCGAAUGGACAAGUGAUUGGUAUUGGCGAUAAGUCUAUGGGUUGGUCGCAGUACGCACAAAGCGUUUGCUUACCCAUGGCGAGAUCUAGUUUUAUGCGCUUCAAUCCAACUUUAGCGGCGAUCGAGUUGUGUCGAUAUUUCGGCGAGCACUUGGACAUAGAACGCAUUGGCGUCGACGACAGAGUUACGGAACAGGUUAUCAUGCCGGCUUACGAUAAUGCGUUUAAAGCCGGUGCGCGCUUAAAACCAUUUCGACACGCGUGUAGGUACAACUUGAAAAACAGCCCAAGCCGAGGAUCGAGAUACGCGCCGAGCGAAGACGUGAGUCGAGGCGACGAGUUAUCCGGUGAUCCAAACGCGAUUAUCCCGUCUCAAUCGUUUGAUAAAGGUCGCCCAUUUGCUCUUGGCGACGAAAGUUCGGAUGAUAUCGUUAACAAGCACAAACAGUGCGAACGAAGCGCGUGGUCAGAAGGUUCUGGACCUCAUCCGAGAAAGUUGCGCUACGUUGUCCCGUGGCCAAAAAAUGAUGACGAUAUGACCUCGUGGCCGGCAAACUGCGAAGGUGGCUCGGAAAACUUGUGCGAAGUUGUGAAGAAAGUAGCCAUCAACCGAGAAGUAUUAGUCGGCGUCUCGAACAAAAACAUCUUCCAUAUGUUGCAGUUAUGGAUUGACGGAUUGCAAAAAACCGAAAUCACGAAUUACAUGAUUGUUGCACUCGACGAGCAAACCGCGCGGUGGUGCGAGCAACAUGACGCGCCUUAUUACUUGCGCUCGUUAACAUCCAUUACUGGCUCGACCGAUAACCAUGCCACCUCUGGCUUAAAGUUUGAAAUCCUCAAAGAGUUUAUUAAAAUUGGCGUAAACGUCUUGCUCUCCGACGUCGAUAUCGUCUGGAUGCGAGACCCGUUCAAGAACGAUUUGUUAUACCGAGACGUGGACGUUGAAGGGAUGUCGGACGGAUGGGACGAUAGGACGACGUAUGGUUUUAGGUGGAACCCUACGAGAGGUCGAGGAAAUAAGUUAUCCUCGGCGGACGAACUCACGUACCGCAUGUUUGUGAAAAACUCCGGUUUGUUCUUCACGCAAGCCACGCACGAAAGUUUGCAAAUGAUGACCGUGUUAGCCAAUCGCAUGAACACAGAACGCUCGACGUGGGAUCAGACCGCGUAUAACGAAGAACACACGUUUUUGAGUGAUAAGAAAACACCUUCGAGGAACUCCGCUUCAUCGCGAAUAAUGAAUUUUGCAUGUUUCUGUAACUCAAAGUAUGUUUUCAAAUACAUGCGCCACGACGAGAAGUUAUACCCGGAGGAAAAGUUUCAUCCGGCGUCGAUACAUGUGAACUACCACCCAGAAAAACCGCAAAGGAUGCUCGAUAUUAUUAAGCAGUAUUGGAAAGGCGAGAAAGGCGCCAUCGAGCGAUGGAACGGAGGCGAAGGUUUAUCGAGCUCGGUGCAGUGUAAACCGCGACCGGUUGGUGAAAUCGAGCGCACGCAAGGGAUUCAAUCCAGUGAGCUCGCUAAGCACGUCGCGGAUGCGCACACGGGUAAAUGGGGCGGCGUCGCUGGUAUUGAGUGGAAAGACAACGGUGAUUUAGUCACGCCGUGGGGGAAAGGAACCUGGGGUGUUAUUCCGGACUCAGACGGUAAACAGUUGUUCAUGGAUUGGGGGCCGACGCACGAGUUAACGGGAAGAAUCGAAGGUGGUUCUGCGAUUAUGCAAAGUAAACGGUGCCCGGAUGGUGAUUUAGUCCCGAACGUCGUCGCGGACGGGCUGUAG